AUGGCACCUUACAAGAGUCAGACUAAGCCUGGAAAGGCCGUCUCUAGCCAUGCGAAGAAACCGGUGUCCGUAGCUGCGCCGACUCGACCUGUCGUAUUACCUGCUAUUCCUCUUCCUAUGAUUCCUAAGCAAUCCAACAAGUCGAACAAGCGUGUCCCAACUGCCUCUUCGUCUAACGGCAUCCCCGCUUCGUCCCUCGAAGCCGCUCUGGUCGACCAUGCUGACCAUGUUCCCGUUUCCGACAAUACAAAGGUUACUCAGUUAGAUAAGGCCUCUGGUAAUCAAGUUAACGGUUCCAAUGUGGAGAAGCCCGAGCAUACCACCAACACGGUCAGCCUCAGCAACGGCGCGCAUAACGACGAGGACAAGGGUUCCAAUGCUCCCCUGCCCGUCAACGGUGUCAACGGAACGAGCAAUGGAAAUGGCAAUGGCAAUGGUCCUCGCCAUGCGCCCUCUUCUGCGACCUUCGCGCCAGACGCUGAAUCUGUUGUCGGAUCUGGAUCUGUCUCCGCUUCCGUCUCCGCCUCGGCGAAUGACAAUACCAAUCAAGGCGCCCACGAUGCACCUCGACAUGUCUCGCAGCCCCGAUCUGCAGCCUCGCCCACCAUCCUCUCCGAUCAGCAAUUGCCUUUCCAUCAUAUGCUUCAACAUCAACCGUCCACAGACCAGCAUCCCGAUCCUACGAUCCUCCGCGGACAGCCCCACAUACACCACUACCAGCACCAUCCCCAUAUGAGUAAUGGUGGGGGUGUCGUAUUUGGAGGGUUUGCCGGUUCUCAUACUCCAUCACCGGCGCCUCCCCCGGGCAGUUUUAUGCCGCCUCCGCCCGUGCCUGGCGAUAGCGAGAACCAUAUUCGCUCGCAGCCAAAUGGUCAUCACCACGCUCCCUCCGGAAGUAACGGCUUUCCCGGUCCGAUCAAUACCCAGUUUCGACCUGACAUAGUACCCGUAUCCGGCAUUGACACGUACGGACAGGGACCGGCCCCCAUGGCGCACCCCCCGUUUGAUCCUUUUUCACCUACUGCUGGCCGCUUCGGUAUCUCGACUCCCCAUAGCCUUCACGGGUCCCAUGCCUCGGGUGAACCGAACGGCAUCGAAAACGGAGCUAUCCAUCCAUAUCCUCCCCCGAACGGCAUUCCGUAUGGUAGUCAUACUCACCACGAACAUCCCGUCGGUCACCCGCAUCCGGGUCACCACUUUCCGCCUUUCAUGCCCCUUGAGCCUUUCGGCCGCGAUCCUAGCUUCUUUGAUAUGGGAUUGAGAGAGAGCAUCAUGUACUUCCAAGAUCAAUUCGACAGCGGCGAACUUACCGAUUGUGUUUUGGAGCUGGUGUCCACCAAAUGUCUACACCACCCUGUCAAGAUCACCGGCCAUAAGCUCAUCCUAGCUCGUAGCCCAGCGCUCAAGCAUCACAUCAUGGCUGCUCGUGCUACGGAUCUAGGUUCUCACACCAUCACAGUCGAGUCAGAUGACCCAUAUCUACGUUCGGAUGCGUGGUGGAGUGCCGUACGGCGGCUGUAUCUCUUCCCGCUGCUUAACCCUGCCAUGGUGGCAGACGCGGCCAGUGGUCUACACUUUGCCGACGGUAAGGCCGAUCGGUUUAAGUUCUACUUGGGCUACGCCGCCGCUGGGCAUCUCCUGCACAUGCCCGAUGUCUUUUUGUGCGGUUUGCACAUGGCUGCCGAUUUUAUCACUUGGGAUACUGUGGAAGAGGCGCUAGGCUUCGUCUUCGAGGGCACCAUUCAACGGCAUGUCAACUACGACAACGACCAGGACGUCGAAUUCGAUUUUGGAUACAGCCCAGAUGUUAGAUUCCUCUUGCAAGCUACGAUGAACUUUCUUGUCAAUGCGUUUCCGCCGAACUUUGAACUUGACCACUCAGUAGCCGACCCACCGAAGCUAGCCCGUAUCCCGGCGACACCUGCUACCGCAAUUUCGCCUACGGGCAAUAUGGCACCUACCAUUGCUAGAGGCACGAAUAUGCGUAGCACCACGAAGCCUAAUCGUCUAUCUAAUAUUAAGUUUGGCGAUCUCCCGGCCGCUCUGCCUGAGGAUGGUGCUCCUCUUUCGCGUGGCCCUGCCAAAUGCUCUCCGGUCCUCUCACGCAUUUUGUUGAAUUUACCCUUUCAAGAACUCCGCGUUGUGUUGACCUCCGAGAGUGACGGUGCCUCAGGCUGGAACACCGCCCAAGACCGGUACCACGCGGUUGCCGAUGUCGUAGCCGAGAGAGAGGCCAGACGCAUGCGUGCAGUUGAGGCGGUCCGUGCGGGAGUCAUUCCAAAUUCCCAGGGAAUCCAGCAACGGCUAUCAGCACAGCGACGCCACGCUAUUGUUGAACCUUGGGACGUCCUAAAUUGGCAAGAAGAAGUCGUCCAGCCAAGAGGCGCCGAAGUCCCUCGGAUCGUACGUAGAUGGGUCCCUCAGUUCUCUGCCGUCUCGGGAGCGCCGCAGCAGCAGUUUCCACCCCAAUCGUAUAGUGUCCCUGAUUCCAUGGUUUAG